GCGAGCGCCUGUCGCGUUCUUCCUCCCGCGCUCGCCGGACUGCUCCCCCUCGAGGGUGCGCUUGGUACGGUCCGCGCCGCCUCCUUUCCUCGCUGGGGUGGCUACCUCCCUUCCCCCCCGCCGGCCGCGCUUGGUGCCGCCCGGGAGAACCAGGUCAUCGGUCGGUUCCCGUGAAAACAAAAACAAUCGGCGGCGCUGCUGCGGACACCCGAACGCCGCGAGCGGGGGCCAGGGACGUGGGACCGGGUGGGAAGAAGCAGCGGCAACGCGCCGGGGGUCCGGCGCCAUGGGGCAGGCGGGCACUGGCUGCGCGGGGCUCCCCCGGCGCCGUGGCUAACUCGCCCGCCGCCUCAGCUGCCUCAGCCGCUCGCGCCGCCCGCCUGGGGGACCAGGAGCAGGACGCGGCCUUGGCGGGGCCCGGGUCGAACGGCUGCGGACACCCGGGCGUCGGGGAGCCGAGCGCCGCCGCCUCCGGCAUGGAUCAGUGCGUGACGGUGGAGCGCGAGCUGGAGAAGGUGCUGCACAAGUUCUCGGGCUACGGGCAGCUGUGCGAGCGUGGCCUGGAGGAGCUCAUCGACUACACGGGCGGCCUCAAGCACGAGAUCCUGCAGAGCCACGGCCAAGAUGCUGAGUUAUCAGGGACCCUUUCACUUGUUUUGACACAGUGCUGUAAAAGAAUAAAGGAUACUGUUCAAAAAUUGGCUUCUGACCACAAAGACAUCCACAGCAGUGUUUCUCGUGUUGGAAAAGCCAUUGAUAAGAAUUUUGAUUCUGACAUCAGCAGUGUGGGAAUAGAUGGCUGCUGGCAAGCAGACAGCCAGAGGCUUCUCAAUGAGGUGAUGGUGGAGCACUUCUUUCGACAAGGAAUGCUGGAUGUAGCUGAGGAGCUCUGCCAGGAAUCUGGUCUUUCUGUAGACCCAAGCCAGAAAGAACCAUUUGUGGAGUUAAAUCGAAUAUUAGAAGCAUUAAAAGUCAGAGUUCUGAGACCAGCUCUGGAGUGGGCAGUAUCGAACCGAGAAAUGCUAAUAGCGCAAAACAGCUCCUUAGAAUUUAAGCUACACAGACUGUAUUUCAUUAGCUUGUUAAUGGGUGGAACUACAAAUCAGCGAGAGGCAUUACAGUAUGCUAAAAAUUUUCAGCCAUUUGCCCUAAAUCAUCAAAAAGACAUUCAGGUUUUGAUGGGAAGCCUUGUGUAUCUCAGACAAGGGAUUGAGAACUCACCAUAUGUUCACCUGCUUGAUGCAAACCAGUGGGCUGAUAUCUGUGACAUCUUCACACGGGAUGCUUGUGCCCUCCUGGGGCUCUCUGUGGAGUCCCCUCUCAGUGUCAGUUUCUCAGCAGGUUGUGUGGCACUGCCAGCUUUAAUUAACAUCAAAGCAGUGAUUGAACAGAGGCAGUGUACUGGAGUUUGGAACCAGAAAGAUGAAUUACCUAUUGAAGUAGACCUUGGCAAAAAGUGUUGGUAUCACUCUAUAUUUGCUUGUCCCAUUCUUCGUCAGCAGACAACAGAUAAUAAUCCACCCAUGAAAUUGGUUUGUGGUCAUAUUAUAUCAAGAGAUGCUCUGAAUAAAAUGUUUAAUGGUAGCAAAUUAAAAUGUCCAUAUUGUCCAAUGGAACAAAGUCCAGGAGAUGCCAAACAGAUAUUUUUCUGAAGAAGUAACUUUAGUUCACAAUUUGAAGAAAGCUGUGAUAGAUUCCAAAUUUGCUUUUUGAUGUUUUCUUCUGCUCCUCCUCCAAGAAGUCAGCACACCUGCAUUUGAGCUCUGCUUAUAACCGCAGCAGGCUGCCUAUUUAAAAUUUCAUCAUUUAGCAGGCUGGUGUGAGAAGUCUUCCAUUAGAGUGGAAAGGAGUACUGACGUUUUUUUGCUUUUAUUGCCAAGAGGUGCUUGUUUUAAAAGUUUGUUCAAUGAAAUGAAAUUCUAAGUUAGAAGUGUUCUUACAUUGAUAUUUGCUCUCUUGGUCUUGGUAGCCCUAUUGUCUGAAAUCUACCUUCGGGACUUGGCUAUAUAUUGUAUUUAUAUAUCAUUUUAGACACAGUGUUGUGCGUGUGUGUAUAAUGUGCACCAGCAUCAAACAUUGUGUAUCUAGAAGGGAAGAAGCAUGUUUCAGUCCUAAAAUGCAAUUACCAGACCCAUCACUUUAAAUCCUUAAAGUUAGAAGCUAGCAGAUUUUCUGUAGUUCAGAAUACGUUUAUUGCUGUUUUGUGUUUGAAUAGUAUACUGUUCAAUGCCUUUCUUCUACAGAGUGUAUCAUCUCAUUGACUGUGAAUCUGUAUAUUAUUCUAAUGGAUACAGAUAAUGAUCUUUUCUCUUGUGAGGUAUCUUCAUUUAAUGCACUGUCCAGAAAUAGCCAUGUGUAAGAAUCUUUCUCUAUAUGAUGAACUACAUGGAAAGACUUCUGUGGACAUAAUUCUGACUUAAACUCACGAAGUUACUUCAAUAGGAGAAGAAUGUUAUAUGGAAAUCACCAAAUAUUUUGCGACUUUAUCUCAUCUGACAUGGAACUGAGUAUCAAUAUAGGAGUACCUUCAUGAGAAAAUGAAAAAAGAAGAAAACAGAAGCAAAGAAAAAUGUGGCACUUCACUUUUUCUUGUGGACUUAGUUUGAGGGAGGGGGGAUAACAGAUUUGGUGCUAAGUUAAUUAGAAGCUGGCAGCAUUUGCAAUAGUCUGUCAACCUGGAUGGUUUAUCCUGAAAUGUUUACUUGGGAGAGCUAGGAUUUGUUUGUGAAGGAAGAGGGUACUGCAGAAAAGCCCUGCUUAAUCACCAUGUGGUCAGGCUUGUGUAGAUGCCUACUGUGUGCUGUGUAGGUUAGCCAGGAAUUGUGACUGGCCCGGUUCAGUGCUUACCUUGUCCAACCUCAGUCUGGCCCCACUACGCCUCUUGCCCCAUGAUUCUGCUUCACUAUUGGAAUCCUCUAUAACAGUGGUUCUUGACCUUCCUAAUGCCGUGGCCCUUUCAUACAGUUCCUGUGGGUCUCGACCCACAGGUUGAGAACCGCUGUUCUAUAAAAGUUCCCCCUCUCUCCAUGAAAGCAAUGACGGAAAAGAGAGAAAAGCUCUGUGGGCAGCAAAAGAAAAGGUAGAAAAUUCUAGGCAACACUCUGGUUAAGGGUGUAAAUAGGUUUAUUAUAUAUAUAUAUUUUUUUUUCCUUUGAAUUAAAACCUAAAAUGUCUUUAAAAAACAAACAAACCUUUUUUUAAACCAAGUUUAACUUUAUUUAGAACUUUUUCUCACCUUUCCAUCCCAAACACCUGCACAACAUUCAGGCUUCACCUAGGUUUGAAUGAUACAGACGUGUUCUAGAGGUUGGUGUAAAUGUAUUUAGUAGCCAAAUACUUCACACAGUUGGCUCAGGCCACUUCUAAGGACAAAAAACGGAGCUCUGUUUUGUCCCUCUUCCAGUAUUGGGAGUCCUAUUGGUAGUUUUCUGUGCAGCUCAUGAAAACUUUAUGAAGAAACAUGUUUUAACUAAACCAUUUGACUUUACAGCUUUCUGUGUAAGGUCCUUGUAAGCCUACUGGGCAGUGUGAGGGCCAAAAAUAUGAAACUCUGUUAAUCUGACAAUUUAACAAGAAAAUUUAUUUCUUGUGACCUUCUUUAAGUGCACGGACUUAAAAUUCAUUGAAGACUAAAUGAAGGAGAGGUGGAUUUAAUGAGGCCAAACCUUAACCAAAGAUGCAGAAGUGCAGUGUUCUGUCCUUCGUACUCUAGAAGGAAACACCUUCACAAGUGGUGUUAACCACCAUAUCAUCACUCGUGCUGUCUGCACGUCAGCAGUGCGGGAGGAAGCUAUUUGUCUCUCUCUGCCUCCAGUCCGAAAAGGCAAUGAUAGAGAAAAGAUUUUUUAUAGACAGGAUAAUAAUAAUAAUAUACAUUGAAAACAAUUUCAGAAUGGUUUCUUAAAUUUCUUUGGGAACCAUUUCCAUUUAUCAGUUGUCGAAAGAGGCCAUGGGACUAUGCUAAACCAAUAAAACCUUAUCAGAUCUUUAGCCAGAGCAUCUGUGUUUUCAAGUAUAGUCUUUACAGUGGCUAAGGUUGUCUUUUGAUCUUUUUUCUUCCUUUGUGAUCAUCACAGAUGCCAUUUCUGUUAUUUUAUUGGUGAUUAUAUGAGACUUCUAAUGAACAUAAAUGAACGGGUAUUGGUGCCUCUUUAUUUUAAAAAAUUUGAAGAAAAGAGCCACUUCAUAUUCCUAGGGUGUGUAUUUUAUGUGUCGCAUUUAAUUGAAAAUAAGAAAAUGAUGAAGUAAAUCUUUUGUUUAAACUUUUUCUGUAGCAGCUAAUGUAUACAGAGACACUAAAACCCACACUACAUUUUGUGGGGAAAGAGGAUCCUUUUUUAUCUCUCCAGGUGGUCCCCAGGUUAUGCAGUUUAAAUUCAGUAUUCUUUAUGCUGUGAGUUAUUUCAGCUUCAGUGGUUUCAGCCUUUGGGACAGUGGAUAUUAUAAAAACCAAGAAUUCCUAGUUAUCCACAGAAGACAAGCUGCUGGGAGACUACACUAGCAUUCUGGUUUUUCAGCUCAAUCUCUGAUCAAGUGGACUGACAGCCACGCUGGUCAGUCUGUUUAGUCAGCCGACUCAGGUUAUUUUCAGGGAAGGCAUGGAGGCAUGGUUUGGUUAGUUCAUCACUAGGGUGCGUAAGGUAACAGACAACACAAACCAAAUACCUUUUAUUACUUUACAUACAUCAUCUUUGGUAACACUAGAACGCUAUGGUCUUGAGGGAAUGUUAGUAAGGAACACGUAGAGAAGUUUUGGUGUUUUAUGAGCCUGUCCAUAUGUGGCAGGUUUUAUGUGGUACUGUAGUGUUUAUAUAAACAGGUACAGACUUCAUGAACUAUUCUUAAUCAACUAAAUUGAAUAGAAUACCAAAAAUAGAAUGACGUAUGUAUUUUAAUAACCGAUGAGGCCAGUUGAUUUUACUUCAAGACAUAGUGAGAGAAACAGUUUUAACCCAUAGUGGGCAUAUGCUUCAUUUACUUCCAAAGAGGCAAAAGCAGCUAGAAUUAGCUUACAGCACAUGCUUUGUUUUAUGUUAUGGGUGAGGAACUACACUCUUAUUUUAGCAGUCACUUAACCUUCUUUAGCAAGGCAGAUGUGGGGUUCACUAGGAUUUAGUGCCUGAUCUUUUCUUUUGGGAAGGGGUGGGAGUGAAUGUAUUAGGCCUGGGAGGGAAGCAGGAGAAGAAAUUGGGAGUGUGAGUGAGUGUGCAUGUGUCUGAGAUUCACCAUUUGCCCCACCUGUACCUAACGAGGAGCAGAUGUGUGAUGUAUUUUGCUCAUGACUGCAGUGUGCAUGUAUUUUUUUCCUCCUCUGUGUUUUCUGAACUUUCCCUAAAAAAUUUCAUCAAAUCAUCUUGUUCAGAUGGCUCAGGAUUGUAUUUCUUUUGCUUACCCUGUGCUCUUGGGUUCUAUAGUAUUUCUAUAAUUAUGUAACAAGAAUAGUGUUGCACUGUAAUCUAUCAUAUAGAGCUAUAUGUAUGGAAAAUUUUGAUCAGUUUUUUAAGAAAUGUAUCCUGUUUGCAAAGGCACAAUAAAAUUGCAUCUUAUAGACUAUAGGCAAUAAAGCUAACAAUAAACCUUAUUUAACACAAACCAUAUUCAUAUUCUCUGUUCACUUGAUUUUAGAAAACAUCUAGCAUAUCUGGUAGUUUCAGGGAUUUCAUUUACCUUUAAAAAUUCUGAUAUAUUUAAUUUAUAAUUUCAGACUGAUUAAUAAAUAGAGUUUUAGAAAACUAUAAGAAAUGCUUUGUUAAUGUGUGUAUUCCUAUGUAAAACACUUGGCUUCUCUUGUGUAUAUUUUUAAAAAUUAAAGAAAUGCACAUUGUGAAAGUG